AAAGAACACGCGACCAGCCUGACGUCACCCGCAGCAACAGCACGUGUCUGAUUACGUCAGUGCGAACAGGAAAAGAACAAAAUGGAGGAGUACGCGAGGGAGCCAUGCCCCUGGAGGAUAGUGGACGACUGUGGGGGCGCCUUCACCAUGGGGGCCAUUGGUGGAGGGAUCUUUCAGGCCGUCAAAGGCUUUAGAAACUCUCCUUCUGGAAUGAAUCACAGAAUGAGGGGUAGCUUGACAGCCAUAAGGACCAGAGCUCCACAACUAGGAGGAAGCUUUGCUGUGUGGGGUGGCCUCUUCUCCAUGAUUGAUUGUGGACUGGUGAAGGUAAGGGGCAAAGAAGACCCCUGGAACUCAAUCACAAGUGGAGCCAUGACAGGAGCCAUUUUAGCAGCAAGAAAUGGGCCAGUGGCCAUGGUUGGCUCUGCUGCAAUGGGAGGUAUACUGCUUGCAUUAAUAGAGGGUGCAGGAAUUCUGAUUACAAGGUUUGCCUCAGCACAAUUCCCAACUGGCCCACAGUUUGCAGAAGAACCUGCUCCCAUGCCUGCUUCAUCAUUCGGAGACUAUAGACAGUACCAAUGAGAAGCCUUUUAAAACUCAAGGCCUUUUCUUAUUCCAUGAACUCAUCUAAGACACUGAGGUUACAGUGUGGACCUCAUUCAUCAACAGAGCAUGCCACCAACCACGAAUGACUGUGACAAAGGGAAUAUGA